UGCCAGGCUCUGGUGCGCGCUCCCGCUCAGCACUCUUACUCCCGGAGCGCGCCCCCACUCCGUGACGCGCGCUCCGGGCUGUCUGUGUCUCUCGCGCCCCCUCGCUCAGUCAGUCGGAGCCUCCGUUAAGCGACGGCAGGAUCCUGUUUCCGUAUUUUUACUCCCCCCCCCCCACAUCCGCAUCCGCGCGCCGGCGCCUCCUCAGAGCCGGCACCCGCAGCAGGAGGGGAGCCCGCGGGCGGGCGGGCCGUGCUGCCACUCGGGUCACUGUCGUCAUAAAAUCCAAGGAGAGAAGCAGAUACAUGUGAUACAGCCUCAGGUGGUAGAAAAUCCUCAUUACCUUCCAUAGAAGAAAAAAAGACAGCACAUCUAAAAUAUAAACAAGGAUGGCAUUAUUCUCAUCACAGUAUCAAAAUAUAUAAAGACAUAUGAUAGUUAAUUUCACCGACUGCUGGAUCAGAGGAAACAGUUAUUUCCCUAGAAGCCCAUCAUACAACUGUUCCUAUUUCCUACUGUCAUGGAGAAGUAGCUAGGUGAUAGGCAUAGCAUGAAAUCCAGACUCCAUUAAAGUCAGCGGCAAAACUCCUAUUGAUUUCAGUGAGGCAAAGAUUUCAUCAUAGGUGUUUCAGAGACUGUCCAGUUUGGCCAAUGUACAUCGCAGAGGGACAUUGCUGGCACAUGAUGGCAUAUAUCACAUUGGUAGAUGUGCAGAAUAUAAAACGAAGAAGCACGUGAUAUUAAAGCUUUCUACAUACGUCUUAAGGAUCUCUCUUAAAGAAUUGCUCUAGGACUAACACUGAUUAUAAUUUGUCUUAAGCAUAAUGUGGUGAAACAGAGGAACAGAAGUUGCCCAUCUUUGUGCCGACUAAGGAAUUACAAUGUUUAUGUUGUGAGCUAAAACAGUUUUGCAGUGAACCGAGCAUCUGAAAAUGCGGCCAUGGACUGGUUCCUGGCGUUGGAUUAUGCUCAUCCUCUUUGCCUGGGGGACCUUGCUAUUUUAUAUAGGCGGACACUUGGUACGAGACAAUGAACACCCAGAUCACUCCAGCCGUGAACUAUCCAAGAUACUUGCAAAGCUUGAACGUUUAAAACAGCAAAAUGAAGACUUAAGGCGGAUGGCAGAGUCUCUCAGGAUACCGGAUGGUCCCAUUGAUCAGGGGCCAGCUGCAGGAAGGGUACAUGCUUUAGAAGAGCAGCUUUUAAAGGCCAAAGAACAGAUAGAAAGCUAUAAGAAGCGAACAGGAGAUGCAGGCAUGGGGAAAGACCAUGAAAUAUUGAGAAGAAGGAUUGAAAAUGGAGCCAAGGAACUUUGGUUUUUUCUUCAGAGUGAAUUGAAAAAGUUGAAAAAUUUGGAAGGAAGUGAACUCCAAAGACAUGUUGAUGAAUUUCUAUCUGAUCUGGGUCACCAGGAAAGGUCGAUAAUGACAGAUCUGUACUACCUCAGUCAAACAGAUGGAGCAGGUGAUUGGCGAGAAAAAGAGGCCAAAGAUCUGACAGAGCUGGUACAGAGGAGAAUAACGUACCUUCAGAACCCCAAGGAUUGCAGCAAAGCCAAGAAACUUGUGUGUAAUAUCAACAAAGGCUGUGGCUAUGGCUGUCAACUUCAUCAUGUUGUCUACUGCUUCAUGAUUGCAUAUGGAACACAACGAACACUCAUUUUGGAGUCUCAGAAUUGGCGCUAUGCUACUGGUGGCUGGGAGACUGUCUUUAGACCUGUAAGUGAGACAUGCACUGACAGAUCAGGCACUACCACUGGACACUGGUCAGGUGAGGCAAAUGAUAAGAAUGUUCAGGUGGUGGAACUUCCCAUCGUUGACAGUCUACACCCACGACCACCUUAUUUGCCAUUGGCUGUCCCAGAAGACUUGGCUGAUAGACUAAUUCGUGUCCAUGGGGAUCCUGCGGUGUGGUGGGUCUCGCAGUUUGUCAAAUAUUUGAUUCGCCCACAACCAUGGCUAGAAAAGGAAAUCGAAGAAGCAACAAGGAAACUUGGUUUCAAACAUCCAGUUAUUGGUGUUCAUGUCCGAAGGACAGACAAAGUGGGAACAGAGGCAGCAUUUCAUCCCAUUGAAGAGUACAUGGUACAUGUUGAAGAACGUUUCCAGCUUCUUGCCCGCAGAAUGCAUAUAGACAAAAAACGAGUUUAUUUGGCUACGGAUGACCCUUCGCUACUACAAGAGGCAAAAUCAAAAUAUCCAAAUUAUGAAUUUAUCAGUGAUAACUCCAUAUCUUGGUCAGCUGGACUACAUAAUCGAUACACGGAAAACUCACUGCGGGGUGUUAUUCUGGAUAUCCACUUUCUGUCUCAGGCAGACUUCCUGGUCUGUACGUUUUCCUCACAGGUUUGUCGAGUUGCCUAUGAAAUCAUGCAGACUUUGCAUCCAGAUGCUUCAGCACAUUUCCACUCUUUGGAUGAUAUCUACUAUUUUGGAGGACAAAAUGCACACAACCAGAUUGCCAUUUAUGCCCACCAUCCACGAACUGCUGAUGAAAUCCCCAUGGAACCUGAAGAUAUAAUUGGUGUGGCUGGAAACCACUGGGAUGGUUACUCUAAAGGCAUCAAUAGGAAAUUAGGGAGAACAGGCCUGUACCCAUCUUACAAAGUAAAGGAGAAAAUCGAAACAGUCAAGUAUCCUACAUACCCAGAGGCUGACAAAUAGAACAAAAGAAGGAGGGUUGUCACUCACUCUUAAUUCUAAUUUGUUUGAACCAACCAACAUACAGAAGGCUUAUAUGGGAUUUGAAUUCACAUUUUAACAUGUAGUUAAAAUGAAAGCCUUUAGCAUUCAGACUGAAUAAGAAGCUUGGAGCAAAUGGACAGGCCAUUAUUUGAACUUCGUGUUGAACUUUUUUUUGUUAUAUGCACUCUCACACAUGCGCGUGCACACAUCCUCCCAGGAAAACUGUUGUUUUAUACUAUUUGUCUCUUUCAAGAUUUGUCCCUAUCAUUAGUCAUGCGUGAGCUUUGUGCUCUCUUCUUUGCCAUUAAUUGACUAUACUACUCAGACUUACAACACUGCCAUAUUGUGUAAUUUGAGCGACAUGAACAUAUUUUGUAUGUAUGGAAUUUACAACAUGGUGCCUAUAUUUGAAAGAUCUGUGACCUUUUCAGAAGAGCCAUGCCCAGUUCCACUGAUAGGCAAGAAUUGAUCUUUAACUGGUCUUGUCACGAGCGGUGAACUUGCUCCAACCAACAGAUUCAAAAAUCAGACUAGAUCUUUUUUCUUUAAAAGAGACAUUUAAAAGAAACAAUUCCAUUGAUUAGUUCACCUCAUUAAUAAUAAAGGAUACAUCCAAACAAUAAAAUAUUCACUGUCUGUUAGGAACUUUUGUAAACAAUGCCAUGAACAGAUUCUUUAGUACUGUAUGUUUCUGGACAUUGUCUUUGAUAACAAAAAAUAAAUUUA